CGGUCGCCGCCGGGUCCUUCCGGGAAGAUGUCGGCGCUGGGAGCGCUGGAGGCGGCGGCCGGGAGCGGGGGGACUGCGCUGUUCCGUCCCCUGAGCGCCGAGGACGGGGAGCAGCGGCCCGCGGAGAUCGAGUCCCUGUGCAUGAACUGUUACCGCAACGGGGUGACACGGCUCCUGCUCACCAGGAUCCCCUUCUUCAAAGAGAUCAUCGUCAGCUCCUUUGCCUGCAACAGCUGCUCCUGGUCCAACACUGAGAUCCAGUCUGCUGGCAGGAUCCAGGAGCAGGGGGUGUGCUACAGCCUGGCUGUCACCUCCCGGCAGGACAUGGACAGGGAGGUGGUGAAGACUGAGUGUGCCACAGCUCGGAUCCCUGAGCUGGACUUUGAGAUCCCUGCCUUCACCCAGAAGGGAGUCCUGACCACCAUUGAGGGGAUCAUUGACAGAGCCCUGGCUGGGCUGGAGCAGGACCAGCCCCUCCGCAGGGAAACUGAUGAGGAGGUGGCCAGGAAGAUUGAGGAGUUCAUCAGGAGGCUGAGGCAGCUCAAGGAACUUCAUUCCCCCUUCACCUUUAUCUUGGACGACCCCUCAGGGAACAGCUUUGUGGAGAACCCCCACGCCCCACGGAAGGACGAGGCCCUGGUGGUCACUCACUACAGGAGGAGUCCCCAGCAGGCAGCCAUGCUGGGGCUGGAGGGUGAGGAGGUGGCUGAGAAGGCAGCAGAUCCUGCAGAGGAGCUGAGGAACGAGGUGCUGCAGUUCAACACCAACUGCCCCGAGUGCAACGCCCCAGCCAGCACCAACAUGAAGUUAGUGCAAAUCCCCCACUUCAAGGAGGUGAUCAUCAUGGCCACUGCCUGCGACUCCUGUGGGCACAGAACCAACGAGGUGAAGUCUGGAGGAGCCAUCGAGCCCCAGGGCACCAGGAUCACCCUGCGGAUCACAGACCCCUCUGACAUGACCCGGGACAUCCUGAAGUCAGAGACCUGCAGCGUGGAGAUCCCUGAGCUGGAGUUCGAGCUGGGGAUGGGAGCACUGGGGGGGAAAUUCACCACACUGGAGGGGCUGCUGAAGGACAUCAGGGAGCUGGUGGAGAGGAAUCCCUUCACCCUGGGGGACAGCUCUGCCCCCAGCAAGGCUGAGAAACUGCAGGAGUUUGUGGGGAGGCUGCAGGAGGUCAUCGAGGGCAGGAGGAACGUUCACUUCAUCAUGGAUGACCCUGCAGGGAACAGCUACCUCCAGAACGUCUACGCCCCGGAGGAGGACCCGGAGCUGCGAGUGGAACGCUACGAGCGGAGCUUUGACCAGAACGAGGAGCUGGGGCUGAACGACAUGAAAACCGAGGGCUACGAGACCCCCGCCCGCUAGCCCAGACCCCCCCUGCCCCCCCACACCCCCCAGCCACACCCUGACCACAGCCCCACAGCCCCACAGCCCCGCCUCCCCCAUCCCCAGGGGACGAGGGGAGCGGGGGGGUCCCUGCUCUGCCGGGGGGAGCCCUCCCGGGGAGGUCUGGGGGGGCCUGGGGGGCGUUUUCCCCUUUAAUAAAAGUGUCAAUG